AUGUCCAAACCUAGCCUCAUUCAUGCAGUUGCCUUCAUUGCAUGCACUUCCAUCCUCGCUACGCCAGGCCUCGCACAUUUACUCGGCAACUUAGGGUUUUCGGGAGGAGGCUUAGGCGUCGUGAAUGUGAACCAAUGCCUCAACGUCAUCUUGGGCGUGCCUGGAUGCCUUCAUGAAGUCAUAUACUCUGCUCUCAGUCUUCAAGCCCGACUGCUUGAUCCUGCCUGUUGCAAGGCCUUUUUGCAAAUUGACGAGAGUUGUUGGCCGAAGGUGUUUCACUUGAACUUGGCCUUUCUCCCGUCGUUAGAGAGUUAUUGCACGGGUAAACAAGGUUUGUCACAGGCGCCACCUCCGCCAUGCACCAGUAUUGAUGGUGCAGGUAGCGACCCGACUGAGGAAGCAGAUGCUGACGAUGAUUCAGACUAG